AUGGGCUUGAAGCAGCUCUGGCUUUUCCUCUUUGUGUUACUGUACUUUGUCAGUGAAAUCGCAACGAAAUUUGAGUUUACGAACCUCAAAUGCAGUUGCCCGAUUAAGGAAUUCUGUACCGUCGAUUACUGCUAUCUUAAGUCGGUGAAUCGUACCUACAAAUAUGCGUCCAUAAGAAUUAACGUUUUCGCUACCGUUACGAAUGUGGAGGUAAAUGGUGAAACGUUCAAGCGGAUGAAUGGAUACAAGCCGUUCCUCUACAAUGUGACAGUCGAUGGCUGUAGAUUUAUGGAAAAUCGUAAUCGUAAUCCCGUUGCCAAUUACCUGUUUGGCUUUCUGGGGAAGUACCACAAUAUAAACCACACAUGUCCCUACUCUCACGACAUUAUUAUCGACAAGUUGUCUAUUGGCCAUGUGAAUGAUCAUAUGAUGGAGUUCCUGCCGUUUGCCAUAGGCUCCUAUCUUUUGCAGGCCAGUUUCAGUAUUGAUGGCAUCCGUCGACUUGUCCUUCAGUUCUAUGGAACCGUUUCCUAA